CACAUCCUCUACAGUCGUUCUUUGCUUCACUGGAUUGUACACAUUAGUCAAAAUCAAGGUUCUGUUUCACGCAGCGCCCCAAAAGUCAAACGUACAAUUCACAAAUGCGUCGAUUUUAGGAAUCCAAGAGAUCUUUCCAAGGCGCGCUGUGGGUGGGAGAGAGUGGACGAAACCUCGAAGCACUCUCUGCAAAACCCUAGUCUUUGAGAUCUCUCAUGGCUUCCAAAGAUAGAGAGAGCUUCGUCUACAUUGCCAAGCUCGCCGAACAAGCCGAACGCUAUGAUGAAAUGGUGGAGUCGAUGAAGAACGUGGCGAAGCUGGACGUGGAGCUGACCGUAGAGGAGCGGAACCUCCUCUCUGUUGGGUAUAAGAAUGUGAUCGGAGCUCGGCGAGCGUCCUGGAGGAUCCUCUCGUCUAUUGAGCAGAAGGAAGAAGCGAGAGGGAACGAGCAUAACGCGAAGCGGAUCAAAGAGUACAGACAAAAGGUUGAGUUGGAGCUCUCGACUAUUUGUACCGAUAUCAUGACUGUGAUCGACGAGCACCUCAUUCCUUCAUCAUCAGCCGGUGAAUCAACCGUCUUUUACUAUAAAAUGAAAGGGGACUAUUAUCGGUAUCUUGCUGAGUUUAAAAGUGGCAAUGAGAAAAAAGAGGCAGCUGAUCUUUCACUAAAAGCCUAUGAGACUGCCACAAGUACAGCGGUGGCUGAAUUGGCCCCUACACAUCCCAUCCGAUUGGGUUUGGCUUUGAAUUUCUCAGUGUUUUAUUAUGAGAUUAUGAAUUCACCCGAGAGGGCAUGUCACCUUGCAAAGCAAGCUUUUGAUGAAGCAAUCUCAGAGCUUGAUUCCUUAAAUGAAGAUUCAUACAAAGAUAGCACCUUAAUUAUGCAACUUCUUAGGGACAACCUCACCUUGUGGACUUCUGAUAUCCCAGAGGAUGGAGAAGAUGCCCAGAGGACAGAGGUCACAAGCAAACCCCGAACAGGCGAGGAUGCAGAGUGAAGGAUAGGCCAUACAAGACAGGAUGAGGCUUGAUGCUCUGGGAAUGUUAGUGUUUUUUUUCAGAGUAUAAAAAUUUACCUUAUUUUAUUUCAUUUUAUUAUUUGGGUUCCAUAAUAUUGUGUGGCUUAUUGUAAUCUUUUCGAAGUCUGGACAUGUUCAGUCCUCCCAUGAACUCCCCGAAGCUUUCUCCUCAUGGUCUUUGCAGGCAAUAUUUAGAAGUUGGCCUGGUUGCUUUAGGUGGUUUCUGCGUCUUUAGGAAGCACCCUGAGUUCAGAUGAAGGAUUUCUACUGUCUGCUUUUGGUCACAAGCAUUAAAUAUUUCAUGUUCUUUAUAUCAAAAUCUUGAUUUAAUUGCAUGUAUCUUCAAUGUAUUGUUCACCUUUGGUACUCAUGUUGCAUCGGCUAUUACUUGUGAUUCUGUGCAAGUCGUAAUGGUCAGCAGAUCUCAGCCCAAAUGAUGAUAUAACAAUUGCAACAUUUUUGACAGGGCUUUUGAAGGUCACUAAUAAUGGAGAAUCAAAAUGAGGGUGCGAAAAA